AUUGUUUUGUUAGUUUUUUUUUGCUGAUAUAUAAACUUUUGUGCUCGAAGAUAUCUAAUUUUGACUGUGCUCGAGGAAAUCAUAGCAAAAUUUAUAUAAAGAACUAAUGUUUCAUCAUACAUAAUUCAGUACAAAAUAUUGUCAAACAUCAGUCAUACCCGUCCUAUAGCAUAUUAAAAUGGUCUAACUAAUAUAACUUGAACUUGCAUUUAUUGAUUAACCUAAAAAAUUGUAUUGUGGUGAUCCAUUAAAAUUUGAAGUUAUAUAUGUAAUUUGUGUUUUAUUUUCAGCCUCUUUCAUUGAAAUUUUAUAUGUAUUUGUAGUCUUUUAUUAAUUACUAUAUAUAAUAAACACUACAUUAUCUUACUUUUUUUAUGGAAUGAUCUUUGAUGGAAGAGUAUUAGAUUAGACUAAUCAUGGUUAUGUUUCCAUGUGUUCAAAAUACACAUUUUGAAGAACUCCUUUGUGUUGAAAAUCGUCAAGAAGACAUACUGAGUGACGAUUCGUUACAAGACAUUGUUGGUGAAGAUUCAUCUAGUGAAGACCAAAUGAAUCCGUCUGGCCAUAAAAGAUUCGAACAAAUCACCGCGGAUAAGUUUCAAGGCGAAACAUCACAAAACAACAGAGAUGAAGUAGAUGAACCUGUGGCUGUGUGGUUCAAGUGGGAAGGGAAGUGGAAUGCAGGCAUCAAAUGUGCAAUGGCUGAUUGGCCAUUAUCAAUUGUGAAAGCCAAACCAACUCAUGUUGAUGAACAAAGCAAAUGUUUCGUCAUUUUUUCUCCGGAAACAAGGAGUUUUUCAUGGGUUGAUAUGCUUCUUGUUCAAUCAAUUGAUAAGUUUCCUCAACCUAUAGCAUAUAAAACUUAUCAAGAAGGAUUGCAAAUGGUACAAGACUUGGGGAUUGCGCGACAAUUUAUAAUGCAAAAGCUCGCUGUCGAAAUGCUCUACAUGGUUGAUCAGCUUCAUCUUAAUGCUUUGAAAGAAGAUUAUCGUAAUGCGAUGGUUUGGAAGCAAUUUGCUAUGGAAGCUUCUCGUUGUCAACAUUAUUCAGAUCUUGGAAGAAUGGUUCAGAGGUUGCAAAAGAGUAUAAUGCAACAAUAUAUAAAAGACAAUUGGAAAGUGCAUUCCUCUGAGUCUUGGGAUGAAAGAUGCCAGAGUUCAAACAGUGCUGAAAUAAUAGAGCAGCUUCAGGAGGAAUUGUUUGAUUCUAUUUUGUGGAAUGAUGUCCACACUCUCCGCGAUGCACCGACACAACAAAAAUUAGAUUUUGAGCGGAAAACAGGGAACCAUGAUGUAAUGAAAUGGUUUUCCACAUUUAUUUCCUUUUCUAGCAACAGUAGCACACAUCAACAUUCUUUUAGUAAUGAUGGUUUGCACCAAGCAAGUCUUCAAGAUGGUAGCAAAAGGCCUAAACUUAAUGUUCGCCGCGCAAAUACAUUUUCUAGACAAGAAGGAAUUGUGGAGGUACCUGUGGAAACUGCGCUUCCUAGUCAAUUGAUCAGUCCAUUGAGUAAAGUCGCAGUUCAUCCUGUAGAUUCUGAGAUGAUGUUUAAUAAUGGGACAAUAUCAAGGUAUGUGAAUGAAAUGGAUAUUCAAAUAUCUGUAGAACCUGAUACAAAGGAUGAUGCUGAGUAUCGACGAUGCCAAGCAUACAUUGAAGCCAAGGGGAGGCAAUGUGUGAGAAUGGCAAUUGGAAACGAUAUAUACUGUUGUGUGCAUUUCUCGAGGAAAAAAGAAAAAUGUGCUAAAGUUCUUACUCCAAUGUGCUGUGGUAAAACUAUUGCUGGGACCAAGUGCAAGCAUCAUUCCUUUCCCAGUUUUCCAUUUUGCAAGAAACAUAUGCGCAAUGUUGAGGUGAACAAGAGCUCAAACUGCCAUACAUUGAAGAGGAAGGCUGAAGAAUUUUGUAGUGGUUCAAAGAGCCAUAUCAACAAUGAUUUUCUGUUGGUGCAUCCAGAAAGUUCAUUGGAGAUCGAUCCAAUGGCGUUCACUGGUGAUGAUGAUUAUGAUGAUGAUUCUUUCUCUGCAAAGAACAUAUUAGGUGAAACGCUCAUGCUUUCCGGUAAUGAUUACAAUGAAAUAGAGACUCUUCACCAGACAGGUUCUCCCAAAUAUGAUAAUGAUCGUGAUAAAUACUCAUGUUUUGAUAAUGAGAAUGCUAAUAAGUGUAAGAUCUGCUUUGAAGAAUUUUCUAAUGACCAAACACUUGGCGAUCAUUGGAUGCAAAAUCAUAUAAAGGAAGCCCAUUGGUUAUUCAGAAGUUAUGCUUGUGCCAUUUGUUUUGAUCCAUUCUCUAACAAGAAGCUACUGGAAUCACACGUCCAGAAUAGACAUCAUGUGUCGUUUACUGAAAAUUGCCUGCUUUUACUAUGUAUUCCUUGUGGUAGUCAUUUUGGAAAUAUGGAGGAAUUAUGGUUGCAUGUUAAGUCAGUUCACCCAGUCGAAUUUAAGCUUUCAAAAGCUUCUGAGGAACUAACUUUGCCUACCAAUGAUGAUCCUCCUAUAACAAUUGGGCAGGGAAAUGAAGCUUCUUUGGACAAUAAUAAUUUUGAGAACCCAAGUGGUUCGCGGAAGUUAAGUUGCAGGUUUUGUGGUUUGAAAUUUGAUUUACUGCCUGAUCUUGGACGUCAUCAUCAAGCUGCUCAUAUGGAACGCGGUCUAGCUAGGAGGCGUUUGGCAAAGAGGGGAGUUCGUUAUUAUGCUCACAGACUAAAAAUUGGCACACUUAGCCGUCCGAAAUCCAAAAGAUGUUUUAAAAAAGCAUCAAAUAGGAUCAAAAGAAGUGCUCGAGUUAAUUUGAAGAGAAGAAAUCAAGCAAGAAAGUUAAAUGAGACGGGGGAAACAUCCAUGCAACAACCACAUGUAAACGAGACAACAUGUAUUGUUGAAUUGGAAGAAUCUCAAUGCUUAGAAGUUGCAAAUACUUUGUUUUCUAAUAUUCAUCAAACUCAACCGCAACCUAAAGAUCUUGAUAUUUUAUCAAUCGCUUGCACUGCAUGCUGCAGAGACAAUCUUGAAGCCUCACUGAAGGAGAAAUAUGGAUAUUUGCCAGAAAAGAUCUAUUUGAAGGCAGCAAAACUUUGCAGUGAGAAUGAAAUUGUUGUGAAUUGGCAUCUAGAUGGGUUCAUUUGUCCUAGAGGAUGUAAUGCAUUGAAUGAACAAAACCGAAAGAAAAUAUAUGCAAAUGCAUCAGAUCCUGCAAGUAUUGAAAUGAACCAAGAUGAGCCUCAAUCCAUCAUCGAUUCAAAAUAUACAAGAUUAGGAUCGUCGCAGAAGGCUAUAAAAUUGUGCAAUGACAUAAGCUCUGGGAUGGAAUCAACUCCUGUGAUUUGUGUAAUGGAUCUACAAAUACUAGACUCUCUUUGUGAGCAAGAGCAAUAUUUAAAUCUUCAUAGACCUUGGGAGAGCUUUACUUAUGUAACAAAACCGAUGUUUGGUCGAUUGCCAAGUCUUGACUAUGAGGGUAUGCAAUUGAAAUGCCAUUGCUCAUCUUCUACCUGCUGUCGUGAAACUUGUGAUCAUGUAUACCUUUUUGAUAAUGAUUAUGAUAUUGCAAAAGACAUAUUCGGGAAAUCAAUGCGCGGCAAGUUUCCAUAUGAUAACAAUGGUCGAAUCAUAUUGGAGGAAGGUUAUCUUGUGUAUGAGUGCAACGAAGAGUGCAAAUGUGAUAAAACUUGUCCAAACAGAAUAUUGCAGAAUGGAAUUCAUGUUAAGUUGGAAGUUUUUAAAACAGAGAAAAAGGGAUGGGGUGUAAGGGCUUGUGAGGCUAUUUCGCGCGGCACAUUUGUGUGUGAGUACAUUGGAGAGGUUUUAGACGAGCAAGAGGCACGCAACAGACGUGAAAGAUAUGGAAAAGAACAUUGCGAUUAUUUCUAUGAUGUUGAUGCUCGUGUUAAUGAUAUGAGUCGAUUGAUCGAAAGAGAGGCUCGAUAUGUCAUUGAUUCUACUAGAUAUGGAAAUGUGUCUAGGUUCAUCAAUAACAGCUGUUCACCUAAUCUUGUGAAUUACCAAGUUCUUGUAGAGAGUAUGGAUUGUAAACGUUCACAUAUCGGUCUUUACGCAAGUCAAGAUAUUGCUAAGGGUGAUGAAUUAACCUACAAUUAUCACUAUGAGCUUGUGGAUGGAGAAGGAUCUCCUUGUCUGUGUGGAUCUUCGAAGUGCAGGAAUCGCUUGUACUAGAAGCUAAACAUUAUUUCUGUUGUUGUAAUAGUAUUUCUGGAUUGCCCAGUUGAGGGAAUAAGUUAAUUGCUUAAAAUUUGAAGUGUCUAAUAAGGAGAUUAUGUAUGUGUUCUGUAAAAUUGCAUGGUAUUUUAGACUUGAUGUGUCCUAAUCGAUGUGACAUGUUGAUUGUUGAACAUCUCAAUGAGGAAGAAAACCUUUGUGAAUCCAAAUAAUUUAUGGUUUGGUUUUGGUAUACUUGGUUAGAUGCAUGAUCUGUUUCUUAUCUAUUACAAAUAAAAAUGAUUUUGAUAUAAAAUAAUUUAGGAAACCUUACCGUGCUUUGUGCA